GCAUAAACUGUUUAUUAUCAGACAAAAAUGAUGUUUGCUUUUAUAAGGUGGUCACAUCCACCUAGCUGAUUUAAUUUUCAUAUAUUUAUUGGUGCUAAUUAGAAGUGGUACAACAACAGAAUGGCAAAAGAAAAGCAUAUCACUGAAACUUCACUUGGAUCACGACUUAGAGAUGACGCCACAAAGAUAUUUGAUUGCUUCUUAAUCGUUGAACGAAAUGCUGAAGAAAAUGGCCCUGCAACUGAACUUAUUUUUCCUAGUGAAUUUCAAGAUAAAGAAAUAAUUCAACAGUCUUUGUUAUUUUGCUUUCCUUUUGACCGAUCAGCCAAUGAAAGUCCGCUUAAAAAGAACUCGAACCAUUACACCUUUAUCCUCACUGACAUAGAAGGAAAACAUAGAUUCGGUUUUUGUAAACUCACCAACAAUGCUACAAAGUGCUACUGCUUAUUGAGCUUUAUGCCAUGGUUUGAAAUCUUCUAUAAAAUGUUGAAUUUUGUAUGUGAGUUACGGACACAAAAUCAACAUGAUGCUCUCAUGACUAUGAUACAGAACCUUUAUAAUGAACCAGUUCCUUCUUCAUUGCAAACCUUCAGAAUAAAUGAAACUUUGGUUUUCACAGCUCCUGACAUGACAGCUUUAUCUUCAAUCCCAGAAAACCGAAACCUUUCGGAAUACUAUUCAAAUGUUAACACUGGUUUUAUGAUGGAUAUGUUCACCAGUUUAAUGUUUGAACGAAGAGUUAUAUUUACUUCAACCAAUCUAAGCACUCUGACAUCUUGUGUACAUGGUGCAGAAGCUCUGUUACGUCCCCUACACUGGCAACAUAUAUUUAUCCCUGUUAUGCCGGCCCAUCUGGUUGACUAUUGCCUAGCCCCAAUGCCAUAUUUGGUCGGUGUCCACUCUUCUUUGAUGCCCAAGGUCCGAGAUAUGAUAGCGAUGGAUUGUGACAUCAUAGUGGCGGAUAUAGACAAGGAAGAAAUCGAAAGCGUUCACGAGGAUAUGGAACGCAUGCCUAGUGAUGUAAUGUCGUUUUUAAAAUCGUUGCUAAGAAAACCAACAGUGAUGGUCGGCACCAACCUAUCGAUGGCGUUUCUGCGGGCACAAGCGAGACUUAUUGGAGGGUAUCGUGAUGGUUUAAAGUUUCGACCUGGUGAAGCAAUUGUGUUUGACGAGGAUGCAUUCAUAGAGUCGUACAAAACCUCUUCUGGUCGUGAGUACGCACGUAUGCUGGUCCAACUUCAAACUUUCAAGCAGUUUGUGGAUGGUAGACUUGAUAUGCUGAAUGCGGGCAUUGGUUUUCGGGACGUGUUUGAAAACGAAGUCAAUAUUGUGGAUGCUGCAAAAGGAAACAGCAGUGAAACUUACAAGGAAUGGGUUAAUGCAGCAAAGAAAGGAGGAAAUGAGCUUUUUAUGCAGUUUAAGCGCAAAGCUAAAGGGAACAUGAAAGCUUUUCAAAAUGCUCUUAAACAACCUGACAAAACAAUAAUAAGCCCAACCAAAGAACAAAAAACUCUGGAAGAAGCACCCAAAAGGAUACGACCGUCGAGACCUGCUCGACUCCCCCACCAGACCCAUCUAAGGUGGAAGAAUUAAG